GGUUUAUUUUAGUAAGCAUCAUCUGGACGGGCCCCUGCUAAGUCCGCUGUGCUCAUCACUUAUUCCAGUUAUGUGUCUGGUGUCAGAAUACAAUAAAGGCUGCUCUGUCAUAGUUAUGAAGGAGUGAUAAAGGAGCACAGACUUAGAAAUGGAUGGCUCUCUUCUUGAAUCUGCACUGUCAUCCCCAGCAUCACUUGUCCCCACAGCUUUCUCUGCAUCUGGGCACACCAUUCAUCCAAUGUCCCCUUCUUCAAUGUCUAGCCCCUCCCCUUCAACAAUGACUCCACCCCCACAUCACUCCUCACAGACAGGUCGAUCCCAACUGAAUGCAGACAGCAAUUCCCACACUGCUUUUCCAGGACAAUCAUCUUUUCCUCUACAGGGGGAAAUCCCAGAGGAACUGAGCAAAGAUGAUCUUAAACAGAGGGCAAAGAAUGGAGACACCAAAGCACAGACAGAGAUUGGUAGAUAUUACCUGAGAUUAGCAGAGCAAGAAGACGAGGAAUUGAAUUCUGUUACUGUCCAUCUGCUCCAGGCAGCGAAAAACGGACAGAAAGAUGCAGUGAAACUGCUACAGCAUUGCUUGCAUGAAAGAAGAGGCAUCACAGCUGAGAACAGAGAGGAGGUGUGUUCCCUGUCAUGUGAAUCUCGUUUUCAGCGCAGUGUAAGGAAAGCAGCUCUGCUCAUGUACUGGAAACUCAAUCCAGAGAGGAAGAAAAACAUCACUGCCGCUGAACUUGUGGAAAAUGUGAGCCAGCUCAAUGCUGAGACAGAUGGCGCUCUCAACAGCCCUCUCUCAACCCCAACACAGAAACAAAGUAAAGUUUUGGAGAGUUUGGUCAUAAGAGAUGGGGGUGAUCAUGUAGGUGUAGAAGAGUUUGUUGAGAAUACUAAACAAUAUGCUGAGGGUGUUUCCCCAACUCCUGCCAUGGAAGGGGUCACAAGUGGUGAUGAUGAUGAUGAUGAUGAUGAUGACGAUGAAGGACCAGUAAAGAACCCAGAUGAACUCCCUUUGCAUCAGAAGGUAUUGAAGUUUCCCCUUCAUGCUGUGAUGGAGGUGAAAGAGGUGUUAAUAGACUGGGCGUCACGUGCUGGCAUGCAGUGGAUAAGCUCUCUCAUACCUACUCAUCACAUCAAUGCCCUCAUCUUCUUCUUCAUCAUUUCCAAUCUAACACUGGAGUUCUUUGUCCUUGUCAUUCCCCUCAUUAUAUUCUACCUCUCCUUUGUGUCAAUGGUAAUUUCUACGCUCCGAGUCUUCCAGAACAGUAAGGCAUGGGAGAACUUUAGAGCACUGACAGCCAUGUUAUCUCAUUUUGAGCCGGGGAUCGACCAUGAGCAGGCCGAGUCCAACUUCACACGGAAUCACCUUGAGCCAUACCUCUGCUUCCUCCUUUCUGCGCUUUUCCUCAUCCUUUCAUUUCCUGUGGCAGACAAGUCCUGGUUGCCAUGUUCGGAACUAGCUAUGGUUGCAGUCUUUUUCACUAUAAGCAGCUACUUAAGCCUGCGACCAGCAGCACAGCAGCAUGCCAGAUUUGCUCUGCUCUCCCAGGUUGCCUCCGCCAUUUCUGCAUUCAUGAAUCAGUUGCUGGGAGGCUCGGUGGGUCAUAUAGUUGGUGGCGCUUGGUUCAGCAUGCACCUUUGUGACUGGUUGGUACUGCAUGUGGGUGUGCCUUGUGUUUUGUAUCUCUACCUCGUCUACCUGUGUUCUCGUAUGGCCACAACAGGUGGUACACAUGGCACAUACUGUGUGCUGUUGCCCUACCUGGUGUGCUUCAUCUGGUGUGAACUGUCCGUCACGCUGUUGCAAGAGUUCACUGCAUUGGGGCUUAUGCGCACAGCUGUGGGCUACCUCCUUUUCUUCUUUGCUUUACCGGUGUUAUCGCUGGCUUUAGCAGCUGUAAUGCUGGUGCAGCUACUGCAGUGGUUCCUCACCCUGGAACUGACCAAAAUGAUUGUAACGGUGUGCGUUUGUGUGCUGCCUGUGCUGCUGCGCUGGUGGACACGUUUUAGUGUGUCGCCCUCGGCAGUGCUGCGCUCUUUGCAGCGUAGCAGUGUGGUCAAGUUGAUCCUUGUGUGGAUUUCAGCUCUGGUGCUCUUCAGCUGGUUCUAUGUGUACCGUUCGGAGGGGAUGAAGGUAUACAACUCCACCCUGACAUGGCAGGAGUACAGCGACCUGUGCGGCCCUCGUGCAUGGAAGGAGCGUAACAUGGCACAUGCCCAGAUCCUCUGCAGCCACUUGGAGGGACACCGGGUAACAUGGGAGGGCCAGUUUAAGUAUGUUCGCGUCACUGAGAUUGAGAACGGUGUGCAAGCUGUCAUCAACCUUCUGCCCGUCUUUGUAGCGGACUGGGUCAGAUGUCUAUACGGCGAGGAGUAUCCUGCCUGUGAAGAGACCCAGCCGGGACCCGCUGAACCACUGUGUCAGCUCAAGGCCCUUGCAAAGCACAAGUGCUAUGUCAAACUUUUUGACUACUACAAGUUUGAAGUAAUUAUGGGGAUGCCACAGAAGGGGCGCAAUGGGGCACAAGAUUUUGAUGAUGCCACCAAAGACAUUGUGCUGCAGGCUAGUAACGAAUUUUGCCACGUCCUACUGGCACUCAGCUCAGGUAGCAUGGUGGAGUUUAGCACGGUACUUGAGGGUAGACUGGGCAGCAAAUGGCCUGUGUUUGAGCUCAAAGCCUUGCGCUGCAAAACAUGUGCCUCGCCGCUUGUACCAAUAAAACAACAGUUCAAGAUUGAGCAGGACUGGAGGGUUAAUGCUAGAAAUGCCUUUGCAUUUGCCUUCAAUUUCCUGUUCCACCCUCUGCUCUCAGCUGAGGUCGACGCUACUGUAGCUACUACAGAAGUAUCUGUGUGAAGCUAGUUUUUGACCAUUGGGAUACACUGCAGUAUUAGACUGAAUUUCGAAGUGCAAGGAUAUUUGAUAAAGUACUUUUGAUGAAAGUGUUAUCAAAACGCCAGAGGCGUUGUCAUUUUGUUUUGUCUGUUUCAAGUAUGAAAGUGAACAACUUUCUGUAGCACCUAUAGCAGAGGUGCCCAGUCCUGUUCCUGAAGGGCCAUGAUCCUACAGAGUUUAGCUCCAGCCUGAACCAAUACAACUGCCUUGAAUUUUCUAGUAAUCCUGGAGACCUUCGUUAGCUGGUUCAAGCGUGUUUAAUUAGGGUUGAAGCUAAACUUUGCGUGAGAGUGGUCCCCCAGAAGCAGACUUGGACACCCCAGUGCUACAGAAACCAAAUAAAAUACCACCACAAUCGCUGAACAAUUUAAUUCCCCUUUAACUAUUUAACCAGAAGUUAAGGAAUAUAAAUAUGCAUAUCAUGGGGAAAUUGAAAGCCAUGCCUAAAUUUCCAAAGAACCAGUGCAUCUGGACUCACUAAAUUUUCUGUAGUGAGAGGUUACAAUCACUAGCUUUCCCAUGUUUUAUUGAUUUAUAGGGCUUUUGAAUGUCUGAAAUUAUACUUAAUUUAGUUAUUGUAUUGGAAGAUAAUUUAUUACUAUUUGGGUGUGUGCAAGUGUGUGUCUGUGUUUUAUAAUUAUUAUGCCUUAGACUGGUUCAGAAGUAUCUUUUGAAGAUUUAUGUGACACAUUUUAGGGCGUAUAGAACAAAUUAGAAAAUUAUUAAUGAUUUUUCUGUGAAAAUAUUGUACAGUACAAUAGAGGUUUUUCUUAGACACAACUAUAGAUCUUUUUAUUUUCUAUAAUUGUGGAAUUAUUAUUGUCACAUAUAUUAAUAUCUAUUUGAGAUUUUAGUAGACAUUUCAAACCUUAAACAUUGCUGAACAGGUGUUUGAUUGAUUGUGGCUGCAUUGAAGGUAUGAUCUGACCAGUACAUUGCACAAUAUUAAAACACUGUAUGUAGUAAUAGAAUUUGUCCUGUGUGAAAAAUCAGCCCUUUUAUAAAUUUUAUUUUCGGUACUAUAAAUAUGUGAAUGUGCCACCACUUCAUUAUAUGUCAAUAAUGAAGUGCCACUCAUCAUUUAUCAUACAUAUACAUGCCUGCAUAUCGACUGUGUUAUCGCCGUUUACUGACAUACACUGUCUGAGCUUUCCAUUCUGCCCUGCUAUGAUUUCAGUGAAUAUUCCUCUUAUCUUACAGACUUGUGGGUAGGCACAUUUGACGUGGGCCAGUAAACAACACUUAACAAACACUUAACAGUUAAAACACUCUUAAAAUCACAGCAACUGCAUAACAAGCUGGUUUCUUGGCAGCAAACUUUAGAUGUACAAACACAACUCUUAUCUACAGAGAAUGAAACAUCUAGUUUUAUAUGCAUUAUGUAGAGUAAUGAGAGGUGCAAUACGGCAGCAGAGUUUUCAGAUAUUUAUGAACAGUACAACCAUUAGAUGGCAGAAUAAUUAUAUCUACUGAAACUUGAAUGCACUGGUAAAAGCCACCUCCAAAAACUGUUACCUCUGCUUAAAAAGGUAAUUAUGAACGACUCAACCAUGCACCCUUUCAGACUGUGAUUGUAUCCAGGAGUGUUUAGAAAGUGUAUUUUCAUCUAGUAAAUGUCAGGUAUCGAAUUUAACAACUAUGGCAGAUAUUCAAGAUAUUAUCAUCACUAUGCUUGAUAGACCAAAAUUAACCAUGUUUAAAGUGUAGUAACCAUGUUUUUUUGGCGUAUUGAUUACCAUUUGUAUAACCACAAUUUUACUACAAUGCUUUAUUAUUAUUAUUAUUAUUAUUUAUAUAUUUUUUGGAAUAAUUAGGUCAAGGCAAGAUUUUUUCUUAUAUUCGGAACAAUAGGUAAAUGCAGCUAUAGUUUGAAUAAACUAUAGGAUCUGCUGAAACUCUUCUAGAAGCUUGGGUUUGUCAAUCAUAGACUUUCUUAAAGCCAGACUUUUUCCAGACUUCCUUUUCCUGAGAAACUUCCAAAGCUACACUGUCUGGCAGCAUCAGUUUCUUAUUUUAUAAGAAGAUGGAGAAAAAAAAAAAACCCUCAUAGAUACAUAGAAAACUACACAAACCAAUGGUACUGGCUCAAGUGAAGGAUUACCUGUUUAAACCACAAAUAACCUUACAAUAACCCAUAUAUCAUACUGAGCUGCUAAUGUUUUUAUAAUUAUUAUAUAUGAUGAUACUGAAUCCAUCAUGGUAUGAAAUAAUAUAUAAAGAAUUAAACAUGGCCAGAAUGAUAUGAAUGGAAAAUAUCAUAUUUGAUCAUUUUUAUUUGGAGAAAGAAAUGUGCUGAAUAUGCCCUUGGUACAAAAACUGUUCUAAUUUCAUAACCCUGGAAAACUUUCUGACAGUGAACCAUUUCAUGGACAUGUGAUUAGAGUGCAUUCAGUAGUUUUUCAUGUCACCGCGCUUAAGCGUCUGACAGCUUUAUUUUAUCAGUCUUUGUUUAAAAACAUUUUCCUAGAAUGUUUGAGUUCAUUUUAGAUGCUGUUCAUAGACAAUAAGAGUUUGUAAGAGCACAAUUAUAAACACAACAAAGCUGGAAAAAUGGGCUAGUGAGUAGAUGAGAUCACAAGGGUAUAUUACUGAUUACAAAAAAAAACCAUUGACUUCAGGCGAUGGAAUGGAAAUACUAAAUGCUAACUCAUUUCCGGGUUUUGGCAUAAAAAAAAAUGUCAUCCCUACAGCACUGUAUUUGAUUUGUGGCUAUGCACAGAGAUUUAAAUAUUCAAUAUAUAUGCAUGAUAAAGAUCCAACUCUUCAACUUUCCUGAGUAUAGCUGUGUCCUCAUCUUCUGCAUUCGAAGGCCUAAUGCAUCACAGCGAUAAAGGCUAUAACUGUUUGAAGGCUCCUUAAAAUGUGACCUCAAAAUGCAUCCUUCAUUACCAGGGCCAUGAAGGAUACAAUAGAUGGAUCCUUUGGGGUCCAGUUUACACUUUUAAAUGUAAGCAUUGGGUUUCAUCUUAUGCUGGGCAUACAUUACAUGACAUUAGGCCCAGUUUGCACUUGCAACAGUUUUCUGGAGAUUGCUGACGAAAGGCCGAAAUCUGUGGCAAAUUGGUGCUCAAUUAUAUGAGUGACGAUCACAUAGUGUGAAUCGCAAAGACAUGAUCUGAGAGAAACGCAGAAGCGCCACUGAUGCUUGAGAAAUAUGAUACCUAAAACAGUCAUGUAGUGUGAUAGGAACAGUUGGUUAGUUGAUUAAAUAGUUUGUUAAGCAACUAUUUUCAGACAAUCCAAAACACUCCUCUCUUCUGUCACUGGUUGCCAAACAGAUAACCCCGCCCCAAAACUCAUGCUAUAAGAUAUGUAAAAUAUGUUGUGUCUAUAUAGACAAUGAUUUUUUUUUUAAUUAAUAUAAAUAAAAUAAAUGUUCUCUCCUACUCCCCAAUAAAAAGAUGUGCAAAACCACUUUUGUUUACUAAAUACUAAAUACUCCCCUUACCAAAAAGUAGUAUACUUCAAGUUUAUUUUAUUAAGUAUACUUAAGUAAAGUUCAAGUAUAUUUUAAAAUAUACUUUAUGUAGCAAGUAUACAAAUAUCAG